UUUGUUUGCCCUGUCCUGCUAUUUCCAUCAUCGAUCAUAUAGCUUUCAGUUGUGAUUAUCGACAGGUGCGGUAUUGUUGAAGAAAGUACAAUUUUCAUUAGUUUAUUGACGUGAAUCAACGCACGACCGACCUAAAUGUUAUAAAAAUCAUCGUACAAGUUCAUUGCAAUAUAUGUACAUCCCUCGUUAAACGACAAGUGUAUGGGUGUUUAUAUAUGUACAUGUAGGUGCGUGUGUGUGUGUGUGAGUGUGCAUGCAAACUAAUGUGGUUGUGUAGGUGCUGUUUAGUGAAAGAAAAUUAGUUUUUCGUCUAUCUCUCGUGUGUUUAUUGAUUUCUUGACGGAAUCAUAUUUUGUAAAAUCUUCGGUCCAAAAAGUGCUAAGUAGCUAUCGCGGACCAUCGAAUCACAUUGUGCAAACACAACUUAGCCACUGUCUGCAACGAUUUGAGAAGUUUUACUUGAACAAUAGCAACACCAGUAAACAUUCACAAUGACACAAAUGGCUCAGGAAGAGAUUGUCUCGAAUACCAAAACGGUAAUGCAGGGCCUAGAAGCACUCCGCGUGGAGCAUGUCACACUAAUGAAUAACUUAGCGGAGGGCAGCAAAACCGAUCCAGAUAAAAUGGAAAUCGUAAAGAAAAAUAUGGAGAAUAUCGAGCUCGGUCUUAGCGAAGCGCAAGUCAUCGUGAUGCUGUUUGCUCAUCUGCAAAACAUCGAAGCCGAAAAGCAAAAAUUACGAACGCAAGUGAAACGGCUGUGUCAGGAAAAUGUAUGGUUGCGUGACGAGCUGGCCAUCACGCAGCAAAAGCUGCAGGCAUCGGAACAAAGCGUUGCACAGUUGGAAGAAGAGAAGAAACAUCUAGAGUUUAUGGCGUCAGUGAAAAAAUACGAUGAAAUACAAGAAAAUGAAGAUAAUUUGGAAAAGUCUCGCACCGAUCCGGUGGUGGAACUGUUUCCGGAGGAUGAAGCCGAAGAACGCAACAACAUGUCACCAACGCCACCGAAUCAAUUUGCUAAUCAUGCAAAUGCAGGCUACGAAAUACCGGCCAGAUUGCGAACGCUACACAAUCUGGUGAUACAGUACGCAUCGCAGGGACGGUACGAAGUGGCCGUACCUUUGUGUAAGCAAGCACUGGAAGAUCUCGAGAAAACAAGUGGGCAUGAUCAUCCAGAUGUGGCCACAAUGUUGAACAUUUUGGCGUUAGUUUACAGAGAUCAGAACAAGUAUAAGGAGGCAGCCAAUCUACUGAACGAUGCUCUUACGAUUCGCGAGAAAACUCUUGGGGAAAAUCAUCCGGCCGUAGCUGCUACGUUAAACAAUUUAGCCGUUUUGUAUGGUAAACGGGGCAAAUACAAAGAUGCGGAACCGCUUUGCAAACGAGCGCUAGAAAUUCGUGAGAAUGUGCUCGGCAAAUCGCAUCCCGACGUGGCCAAGCAAUUGAACAACUUAGCACUGCUUUGCCAGAACCAGGCAAAGUAUGAAGAAGUGGAAAUGUAUUACAAGCGAGCCUUGGAAAUUUACGAGAUGAAGCUAGGUGGAGAUGAUCCGAAUGUCGCGAAAACUCUCAACAAUCUUGCCAGUUGCUACUUGAAACAAGGCAAAUACAAGGAAGCAGAAAUGCUAUACAAAGAGGUGCUAACGCGAGCACACGAGCGGGAAUUUGGUGCAAUUAAUGGUGAAAACAAACCAAUAUGGCAGGUGGCCGAAGAGCGCGAGGAGAACAAACUGAAGAAUCGAGAAAAUACACCGUACGGCGAAUAUGGUGGAUGGCAUAAGGCCGCGAAGGUGGACUCGCCCACCGUUACUACGACCUUGAAAAAUCUCGGUGCUCUAUAUAGAAGACAGGGCAAGUACGAAGCCGCAGACACGUUGGAAGAUUGUGCUCUACGAAGCAAGAAAGAGGCAUUGGAUUUGGUGAAACAGUCGAAAGUGCUCGGUGUAUCGGACGAUAACAAGCGCCAGAAGAGCGGCAACAGCAAAGAUGAUAAUGAUGAUCACAACAAACGUGUGCACAAAUAAUUGGUGUUGCGCGCUGACACUGCACAUUUUAAAUGCUAAUAUA